GAGUGCAAACAGUUCAAACGAGGCGAAGGGGCGAGUUGGGAUCGAUCACACUUUUCCCAAUAGUCUUAUUUUCGACAAUAGCGUUCGUUGACUAUUCGACAAGCCGCAAAGGUAUCGAGAGUCGAGAUCAUGUCGCGUCGCAAACUCCAAGCUCUAGAAUAUCCCAAUUUGCCAAAUAUAGAUGUGCAGGCCCUUGACCAGAUCCAGUUUCGAAAUAUUGUCCUAUGGUUGGAAGAACAAAAGAUCCGUCAAUAUAAUGAACUCGAAGGACGACAACCGCUCCGUGACACGAGAAAUGAUCAACAAUGGCCAUCAGCUUUGAAUCAAUAUUUAAAUGAUCUCGACCUAGGGUGGGCAGUAGGAAGAAGUCAGGCAGAAAUAUUAGACCUGCUUCUUUCGAUUGCGGUCACACUAGAAUAUGCGGAAGAAGGGAAAGCGGAGAAGUUCAUGGAAGCCUGUUCCAUCAAUGUUCACGCCAAGAAGGAUCAAGCACCACAGAUUAUUGCAGCGAAUCCUCUCGAUGAGUUGGAUUUCAGUAGUCCAGAAUUCGUCAAAGGAGUCAACGCUCUCGCGGACGUGCUGCGUGUGACGAAGCAUCCCAACCACCUCCUGACACUGGAGGGGUGUGCCAAACUAGUGCAGACUCGAUACUCUAAAGAAAAUAUGAAGAAUGGAGAAAAUGUGAUAAAAAAGGGGUCUGCCUUCCCAUUUCAAGAAGUGGACAAAAGUUUUGAAAGUGGAGAUGCUGUUCUUAAUCAUGCUGCCAAAAUUCUACGCCUCCUGUUCAUUAUGGAUUUGAGGGAUUUACAAACCAAAAUAAAUGAAUGUAUCGUCGCGGUCCAGUCUAUCACGGCGAAUCCAAAGACUGAUACAAGAUUAGGAAAAGUUGGCUACUAAAUAAGAAGUUCUAAGAAACUACCCCAGUGCUUUAAUACGAUUUAAUAGAAUUCGCUUGUUCACACCAUAUAACCAAUCGUAAUUUAACCACGUUUUUACUAGCGUUUAUUUUACUAGAGUUUCAUAAAAAUCCUUGUAUGAAAAAUAAUCAAAAUAAUAGUAAAACAAAAUUUAUUUAUUAUAAUAAAAUGCUUAUUAAUGUCUAUAAUGUGUUUCAUAUUUUAUUCUUAUUAAUGUGUUUCAUAUUUUAUGAGCGUGUUGUUUAAAUAAAAUGAACGUACAAAAUUGGGCGUUAUUUGUAAUGC